UUUACAAAAUCUAAUAAUAAUCAAUGACGUAAAACUAUUUCGCAUGAAAACCAUGGCUACAAUCUAAUCUAUCGUUUCUGGUAAUGCAACAUUCAAAAUCUUCGUCUCUACUCUCUCAGAAUAGAAACCUUUUCGUAAUCUUACUUUAACCCAUCACCCACCAAUCGAACAUUUUCUGCUGAUUUUUGACCUUCAGGUUUUAGUUUGAGAAUUGCACAAAGUAUGGAUCACCUCAGGUGGUAGAGGUGGUUCAUGACUCCAGUUAUGAAGGUUGUGGUGGAAAAGAAUGCUGAAUACUGAUGGAGACUACCUCAGCUAAAAAAAGUACUGUAUCAGUACUGCAAGUGAGAAAGGAUGAACUAUGAUGCAAUUGCUAUGGAUGAAACACAGGACCAGUAUUAUUCUUCCAGUCUACCUGAGUCUUCCUUAUCUCAUGACAGUGGCGGGAGGUCUUAUUUCAAUGGGCAAAUGAAUCGAGGUACUGGUAUAUCAGGCCUAAAGAAGAGAGGUCAUGGAAGUCGGUCUUGGAUUAAAAUCGGUCAGGAUGGGAAUUCUCAGACUGUGACCCUUGACAAGGCAACUAUUAUGAGACAUUGUUCUUUGCCUUCUAGAGAUCUCCGGCUAUUGGAUCCAAUGUUCAUUUAUCCUUCUACAAUAUUAGGACGAGAGAAGGCUAUUGUAGUCAACCUUGAGCAAAUCCGGUGUGUAAUCACUGCUGAUGAGGUCAUCUUGAUGAAUUCAUUGGAUGGUAGUGUCGGUCAGUACAGGUUAGAAUUAUGCAAUCGGCUUCAGAAUGAAAAAGCUGAUGAUCUACCUUUUGAAUUUAGGGCACUGGAGUUGGCUCUAGAAUUGACGUGCACAUCUUUGGAUGCUCAGGUAAAAGAACUGGAAAUGGAGAUAUAUCCUGUGCUAGAUGAAUUGGCCUCAUCUAUCAGUACUCUCAAUCUGGAACGUGUUCGAAGAUUUAAAGGUCACCUACUUGCUUUGACUCAACGAGUUCAGAAGGUUCGUGAUGAGAUAGAACAUCUCAUGGAUGAUGAUGGUGACAUGGCUGAAAUGUGCCUAACUGAGAAAAGGAGAAGAUCGGACACUUACACUUUUAGUGAUUGUUUUCAAACUCAUGCAUCAGGUAGAGUGAUUUCAAGAUCAGCUCCUUCUUCACCAGAGCGAACAAUUAGUGGAGUCCAGAUGUUGCAAAGGGCUUUUAGCAGCAUUGCAAAUUCCAGUAAACAUGGUAGUUCAAUGGGUUCAUCUGAUAAUGGGGAAAGGAUUGAGCCUCUUGAAAUGUUGCUUGAAGCAUACUUUGUCGUCAUUGAUAAUACUCUUAACACACUAUUGUCGCUCAAAGAAUACAUUGACGACACAGAAGAUUUUAUCAACAUAAAAUUGGGAAAUAUUCAAAACCAGCUAAUACAGUUUGAGUUGCUUCUUACGGCUGCUACAUUGGUGGCUGCAGUAUUUGCUGCUGUAGCAGGAGUAUUUGGAAUGAACUUUGAAACCACAGUUUUUGACUAUCCAUCCGGAUUCAAUUUGGUUUUGGUAAUUACCGGAAUUGCUUGUGUAGCAUUGUAUUUGGCCCUCCUAUUUUAUUUUAAGUACAAGAAAGUGCUUGAAGCAUAAACUUCAAAAGCUGUAAUUUGAGUGUGCAUACCACCGAAAGCCAUAUUGGUCAAGGUGACUGCUUGCAGCCAUAUACACAUCUAUCUGUUUGUGGAAGGUAAUCUACUCAUAACUCACUGCUUCAACAUGGCUGGACACUUUGAAGCUUUGGACAUUUCAUCAAUCAAGAUGCCAUUGUUAUGCUUGGGCAACUAUCCACGGUGCAGGCCAAGAUGUCUCUAUAAUCCCGUGAUAUUUUGAAGGAGUCGUGAACCUUCCCAUCUCUGCUCUUCUUGUACUCAAACAACAAAUUUGAAUGAUCAAAUGCAGUUAGUUUUACAAACCCAUAGUCAUAGUCUUUAAAGAUGCUCCAUUUGGUUUUGAGGGAAGUAAAUGUUGAAAGGCUUGCCCCACCACCACCAGCAACAAUAUGUAUGGUCCCAUUUAAGGUUCCCUUAUAGUGGUGUUUCUCUUCAUUAGUGCAGAUAUUCUGUUGCAAAAUGUAAAAAUGGUACUUGUUAGUAGAGCGAAUAUCAAUUCAACACCCAAAUUCAAAUGAUGUUAUUUCUGGCAUGUAAAUUGUUUCAUUUUUCUCAAGAAGAGCAUAGUAGGGAUUAGGGAUCUUGACGUUUUGAAUACUUAAUGCUUAAUUCUCGUUGUUGUGCUAUUAA